GGACACUUCCAACUCAUCGUGUCAUUAUUGUCAAUUGUCAGUUCUUUCUAAUUUGCUCAUCAAAAAGUUAGGGCUCCAAAGUCUUAAUUCCAACAACAAGUCACUUUAAAAAAGUUUUAAGAAGUUGUUUCAGACUUUUUUAUCUAAAAUACACUUUCUAAAAUGUUUUUGUGGGAUUGGUUUACGGGAGUGCUUGGAUAUCUAGGAUUAUGGAAAAAAUCUGGAAAAUUAUUGUUCCUUGGUUUGGAUAACGCUGGCAAAACCACAUUGUUACAUAUGCUUAAAGAUGAUAGAUUAGCACAACAUCUUCCAACUUUACAUCCUACAUCAGAAGAACUUUCAAUUGGUAAUAUGAGAUUUACAACUUUCGAUUUAGGUGGGCACGAUCAAGCUAGAAGAGUUUGGAGGGAUUAUUUUCCAGCUGUAGAUGCUAUAGUUUUUCUUAUUGAUGCUAAUGACAAAAGCCGGUUUUAUGAAAGUAAAAAAGAAUUGACUGCUCUUCUCACUGAUGAAACACUAGCGAACUGUCCAAUUCUCAUCUUAGGUAAUAAAAUCGACCUUCCAGCAGCCGCAUCAGAGGAUGAACUGAGAAGCUUUUAUGAACUAUAUGGAGAAACUACAGGCAAAGGCAAAGUGCCCAGAAGUGAUUUACCAGGUCGACCUCUGGAACUAUUCAUGUGUUCUAUUUUAAAGCGUCAAGGAUAUGGGGAAGGUUUUCGUUGGUUAGCGCAAUACAUCGAUUAAAGUCGCUUUUUGUUCAACUUUAGUUUGAUGAUGUUAGGAUAUAUUAUCAGAUAUCUUGACAU